UCCAUGCACACACACUCUCUCUCACUUCACACACACACACGCACUCACACAUGCUGGAAGUCAGCCGGCUGCUGCUGAGCCUCACAGGGAGCUUCACAGAGCGGAGAUCGUAGUGGCAUUAUCCAUCACCUCUGGAUGUUUGCCUCGUCUGUUUCCAGGACUCUUCCUGUGCUGUAUGUGUGUCCAUCCCUGUCAACAGACCAUGGACGAGGCGGCUACCUCCAGAUCUGACGCUGUUUGUUUGGAUUGUCUGAUUUUGUUUGCUUAGAGAGCCGUCACUGUCAGCAUGGAGGAGUGUUAACAUCGGAGCUGCCGGGAGCUUCGGCAUCAGUUUUUCCCUCCCCUUUUGCUUCACUGGAGCCAGAACUCAGCGAGUGGAAGUGGAUGCCUGGUUUGUUCGGUGGCUGCGUACCGGAGCAGAGUGCUUACCUCAGGAUUUGUAGUCCGAGGGGAGGGGAGGGGGGGGUAUGAUAAACAGCUGCGAGGUGAGGACGGCUUGCACUGCAGUGUCAGACUGGCAUCUCUUGUUCUACGUUGGGGAUUUUUUUUAGUUGCACAGAUGCACAUAUUUCACACCCGGCAGCAGCAGCGGCAGCAGCAGCAGCAGAGCCUGGCUGCGUUUUACAUGCUCCGGUGGACUACUGCUACGUUAGGGAUGGGCUUCCUGCCCGCUGAGCGAGAAAAGGUGCUGAUUUAAGAAGAACACCGGGCACGCUUUCUUUUCGGAGCAGAAGACGAGACGAGAAGCAACUUCGGGAUUACAAAAGAGACUUGGAUGACAGGAUGACAACUGAGUUGAGCUGAAACCGCCCCUCCUCCUCCUCCUCCUCCUCCCUGCUCUAGUCCAAACAUGAACUCUUCCUCCGAUGCGAACCAGACCAUCUCUCCCCCCUUCUGCCUGCUGGGCGCCGUGGGUUACUCCCGCAGCCUGGAUACCUGUGUGCUGGAGGUGGUUGUCAUCCUCUUCCUCACUGUGCUCAUCAUCGCCGGCAACCUGGUGGUGAUCUUCGUCUUCCAUUGUGCCCCUCUGCUGCACCACCACACCACCAGUCACUUCAUCCAGACCAUGGCCUACGCCGACCUGCUGGUGGGCGUCAGCUGCCUGGUGCCUUCGCUGUCCCUCCUCCACUACCUCCGAGGCCUGAAUGAGGAGCUCACCUGCAAAGCGUUCGGCUAUAUGGUUUCUGUGCUGAAGAGCGUCUCCAUGGCAUCGCUGGCGUGCAUCAGCGUGGACCGCUACAUCGCCAUCACCCGCCCACUGUCGUACGCCACGCUGGUGACGCCCUGCCGGCUGAGGGUGUGCAUCGUCCUUGUCUGGGUUUACUCUGCUUUAAUCUUCCUGCCGUCCUUCUUCGGCUGGGGGAAGCCGGGUUACCACGGGGACAUAUUUCAGUGGUGCGCGGACUCCUGGAAGACAAACCCGGGGUUCAGCACCUUCAUCUUGGCGCUGCUCUAUGCGCCAGCGGCGCUUACCGUGUGCUUCACCUAUGGGAGUAUAUUCAGGAUCUGCCGGCAGCACACGAGAGAGAUCACCCAGCGCCAUGCACGCUUCAGCUCGCAGACGGACGGCGAUAAAAGUGAGCGGGGGGAGCGGGGCGAGCGGUGCGAGGGCUGGCCGGACAAACGCUAUGCCAUGGUGCUGUUCCGCAUCACCAGCGUCUUCUACGUGCUGUGGAUGCCGUACAUCCUCUACUUCCUUCUGGAGAGUGCUGGACUGUAUCACCACAAGGUGGCGUCCUUCCUCACUACAUGGUUAGCCAUCAGCAACAGCUUCUGUAACUGUCUCAUCUACAGCCUCUCUAACAGCGUCUUCCGGAAAGGUCUCGGCCGUCUCUUUAGCCCGUUGUUUCCUUCCUGCCUCGGCUGCGUGGACGCCAAAAAGGCUCCGGUUCCUGUCAGCCCGCGAUCGGACGCCCGAUGCCAAGUAUGAGCCCUGACGACGAUGGAUUUGGUUUGGCCACUUUGGAGGCGCGGCCCUCUGUGUGUGUGCUUUGCUCUCAGCUGCGUAGCAUGACACAGGUCUUUUUGGUCCCGCAGUGAAAUGUGUUGAGGACCUCCUGCACAGAGCACGGAGAGGUGCCCUUGCAGAUGCCUGCUGGUCGUCUCAAAGGCUGAUUUUGUGGAAAAGAGGAGGCUGUGAAGUCCCCUCUGGGUCUUCCUCAGAUGUUUCUCCAGUGUGAAGCUGCUGUUUCACGGCUGUGAGGAUCACAAGCUGAUGACACGGAGUAAAGAAGUUUGAUGAAGAAGAAGAAAGUGGACUGUAGGAGUAAGAUUCAUGUGUGUUAGUUCAGAGGAUUUAUUCAACACUCCUGCCUGUACAGACUUAAUCCCAAUGCAAAAAAAAAAGGAAAGCACAGCACGACUUGUGAUGUGCAGCAGUUCAAUGAAAUGCAAAAAAAUGUUUGAAAUCUUGAAAAAAAAAAAAUUGUCUUGGUAGCUUUCAGGGUAGAAUUAGGUGAUGCAAAAAAUGUCGAAAACAUAUAAAACAGACAGCGGAUCUGUUUCCAUUAGGGAACUCCAGGUACUAAUGAGCUAACGUGUGUGUGUGAAAAAAAUCACUCAUCAAGAAAUCAUCUGUCAAUCAGCCAGUGUGUGUGUGUGUGUGUGUGUGUGUGUGAAACACGUGUACCUGGAGGAGACUGAGCUUUGUUUAGGAGCUCGUGUGUGUUUUAUCAAGAGGAUUCCUCUCUCCUGGAGUUGGAUGUUAGUGGGGAAACUCCAAGUAUGUUUACACCGUCUCGGGUUUCACAUGAAAAUGUUGAUUUAAGAAUUAGCUUUACUUUCUAAGAUGGCCGCUGACCCGGGAAGUUUUCCUGCCAGCAGACAGCAGUGUGUCCUCAUCAAUGAGACAGUUAUUUGUAUUUAUUUGGAGAGUUUUAUUCUCUUUGUGUUUGCUCCUCAGGUUUAUCACUGGUUCUUUGUCAAGCCUCUUUGGCCGUUUGCCGUAGAGCUCAGCUGAAACAGUACAUGACUCUUAAAUCACAAGCCACGCAAGAUAAUCACCUCCUGACUUGUUGUGCAGUCGUAUCGAUGCUGAUAAUGAAUCUGCUGUCUGCCGGGAUCCACACGGCUUCGAUGCAAAGACUAACUUCAUUGUGAUCCGUGACUCUGUUGCUUGUGUCUCUCUUUUUUUCGUCCUCCGGCAGCUGAUCGCUGUUCAGAUCAGUCUGAAGUGGAGGAGAGGAGUGUGCUUCACGAACCUGGCGGCAGAGCGUAAGAGGGUCAGAGCACUUUUCUGAGAGCCAGUGAGAGCUUGUGGCUUUUUGGCUUCAUGUAAAUACACUUCAGAGUUUAAAUAUUUAAACAAACUGGGCCCUUUGGGGGGUUUUUAGCAGCCCCUGAUGUAAAGUAGACCUCCAGGGUUCAAAAUGAUUUUGUGGUUAUGUUUUUUUUUUAGAUAAUUUAUUUGUCACAGCUGAGAGGUCUGACGUGCUGCGUUCCAGACCGAACCUGUUUCUGUGUACACUGCAGGAAGAUUUAAGAUGCAGAGGUUUUUGGUUUUAAAGUCACAAUGAAAUGGCAUUUCUGAGAGCGUCUUGCUCCUGAACUUUACUCGUUUUGAGACCUGAGAGAAACUGGAUGAGAUGAUUGUUCAGAAAAUUCAUGAUGUAACGCGGCAUGGCCAAAAGUAUAUGGACACCACAGACCACAUACUUUUGUGCACUUUUUGUCUGGGGAUGUUCUUUGUCGUUUGGACUAGACUCCUUUAUACCAGUAUGGAUUCGUCCUACCUGGAGCUGAAAUGAUAAGUUGAAUAAUCGAUUAGUUGACAGACAGAAAAGUAACUCAGUUAUUUUUAUAAUCAGUUUAUGUGAUAUUUCAAGCAAUGAAGUGAAUAUUUUUCUGUUUCCGUUUCGUUUUACGAUAUAAACAAUAUUAUGCUAUGAAAACGGGUUUGAUUUACCUGAAAACAGCUUGUAAAAUCUGCAGCACUCAAAGCAAAGCAAAACACAGCUAAACGUCGUGCGUGGUAAUCUCCUUUAUUUAUUUAUUUAUUUAUUGUUUAAUUUCACUGGGAACGUUCGGGAAUAAAUAUGGCUGUAAAUAUACCAAAAUUAGCCAAAAGGCUAACGAGCCUGCUGUCGCACUGCUUUACGCAGAUAAACAGAAACCAGACGGAGCCGGAUCAGGUACAGACUGAAUCUGAUCUGAACCUGAUCUGAACCUGAUCUGAACCUGAUCUGAACCUGAUCUGAACCCGAGCCUGAAGCUGGUCUGAACCAGAUCUGA